UUGUAUAUUUUCCUUCCGAGCGGACCGAUUUACGACAGUGUGGCGCGUUUACGGCCUCCCAUGUUUAUCCUAGUGAUACCACAAGUAAACAACGCGACUCGCCGCGACUGUCUCUCUCUUCCCGAAGGAGGAAACAUCACCGAACGCGUAAUGACAAUGCUUCUCCAACACCGAGCUGUGUUCGCCCUCAGUCUUCGCAUGUGCUCCACUCAUGUGACAAAGGGACUGUUGAAAGACACAGUAAGACCCAACUCAGAUAUGUCUGAAUUCCGCAAGGUGUUUUCCAAAGCCAAGCACAUAGUGAUCGUCACAGGGGCAGGUGUUAGCGCGGAGAGCGGAGUGCCAACCUUCAGGAGAGAGCAUGAGAAAUGGAGGAAGUGGCAGUCACAGGACCUUGCUACUCCAGAGGCCUUCUCUCGCACGCCGUCUCGGGUGUGGGAGUUCUACCACUACAGACGGGAGCUGACGUUGAACAAGAAGCCCAACGCUGCCCAUCUGGCGAUAGCGGAGUGCGAGGCCCGGCUGAGGAAGCAGGGGCGCUCCGUGGUCGUCAUCACCCAGUGCACAGACGACCUUCACCGGCAGGCCGGGUCCAAACACAUACUCAAGAUUCAUGGCAGCCUGAUGGAGACGCGCUGUGUGACUUGUGGACAUGUGACUGUGAACAAGCGUAGCCCCAUAUGUGCGGCCCUAAAGGACAAAGGUGCACCUGACCCAGAUAUUGCCGAUGCCCAGAUUCCAGUGGACAAACUGCCAAGGUGUGGAGAAAGCGAUUGCCGUGGUCUGCUGAGGCCCAACGUGGUGUUCUUCGGAGAAACUCUGGACUCGCACAUCCUGACCAAAGUGGAGAAGGAGAUGGAAAUCUGUGAUCUCUGUCUGGUGGUGGGCACGUCUUCCAUCGUUUACCCGGCCGCCAUGUUUGGGCCCCGGGUUGCAUCCAGAGACGUCGCAGUGGCAGAGUUCAACAUGCAGACAACACCGAAAACUGAAUACUUUACGUACCAUUUCCAGGGUCCAUGUGGAACCACACUGCCUCCAGCUUUGGCCCCACACGAGUCAGAGCUCAUUCACUGACUUUUCAGAAAGCGACUAGUGACUUCCUCUGUAAUCUAAUGCAACUCAAAGCUGAGGGAUAUCACAGCAUUUCUCCCACAAAAAGCCUUUGCCUUAAAAAUCAGUUUAGCUGUUAAUUCUCAGUGUAGAGUGCGAUCUGUAAAUAAUUUAGCAUUACAAGACUUUGUGAUGGAUCUUUUUUUAAUACUUGAAUAUAUAGCUUGCUUAACUGGAAAUGGGACUUUGACUGUUUGACACAUUUGCUGCUUAGAGUUAAUUAUGCAGGUUGAUAAAAGAAAGGGAAUUUGAUAUAUAUGUUGUUCUUCGCAUAGGAAAACACUUCCUCGGGUAUUAGAGGGUGUUGCUACUCGUAUCAUAUCAGAUGCUAGUGAUGAGGGAUUGUUGUAUUUUAGAUAUACCAAGCUCUCAAUUUAUGCUUUAGGACGACAGAUUAUUCCGGUGCCAUAGGAGAGUAUUCCUCUUUUCUCUCUUUCCACCAAACGAACAGCCGCACAGACCGUAACAUAAUCUUGUGCCUGUUUUUCAGAACUGUUUACACAACCUUGACCAAAUGCUCGCUGUUCACCUGAAGUGAAAAAUCAACCAAUGUUACAGAGAUCUUUGCCGAGUGCAGAGUUUGUUUUUAACAGAGACAGUUAAAGGGAGGGAAAGUGUCUUUUCAAUCCUCGCCUGAAUCAGCAUUAUUCAACUCUCAUGCUGUCUGCCUGUGUUGAGUAUGAGUGUAGUGACAUGUCAUGGAUUAUUCAUGAUACAUAGUUUGAGAAUAUAUAUAAUUAUGUUCAAUCACAGAAGAUGGAAAUUGUCUAGAAAUGAAAGCGACCAUAUAAUAUUUAAUUACAUUACCUAUUUGCCCAUUUAUACAACACAGUGUUUUCAACAUGACUUAUGAUGUCUUCAAUUAAACCUUCCAAUGCAAUGAUUCACAAUAUUACUAUUAAAACACUCCAUGUGCA